CAUAUAUAAAUACUGACAUUUUAAUUAUAUUAUAUUUAUUUGUUUAUUUGUUACGUUUAAAGAUAAUACAAUUAUCAUAAUAACCAUUCAUAUUAUCUAAUUAUAAUGUCACGUAGAUCAAUUAAAAAGAAUACAUUAAGUAAUUCUGUACCAUCAAUAAGUGGAAAAGAUGAUUAUACACAUGAAUUUAUUUAUUUUAAAUGUCCUGGAAAAUUAUUUCUUCAACGUACAUUAAAAGCUAAUGAAGAAUUUAAUAAAGAAUAUAUGAAAAAAUUAAUUAAUAAAAAAAGAACAAUUCAAUCCCAAGAACGUAUGAUUUAUCUUACAGAAUUUGGUUUAAGAAUAAAAGCUUAUAAAAAUCCAACAAAUUAUUAUAAACGUUUAUUUUUAGAAUAUGAACAAAUUGAAACUAUUUAUAUAUCAGAAGGUACCAAAAAUAUACUUGUUUUAGGAAUUAUCAGUAAAAAUAAAAAGAUACGUGCCUAUGAAUGUACAAAAAUUAAAGAUGAUAAUGAUUUUAAAACAUUGUGUAAAUUACUUGUUCAAGCAUGUGAAAAUAGUGAAAGAAAAUUAAUUAAUUUAAAUCCAAUUGGUACAUUAUCAAUGUCAUCAUUAUAUGAAAAUAAAAAACCGAGUCAUGUUUCACUUGGUUCAAUUGUAUGGAUACAAUCUGAUGAAAAUGAUAAUGAAUUACAAAAUCAAUUAGAAAAUCGUAUAUAUCAAAAUGAAUUAAUAGAAAAUGAUAAUGAUAUACGUAGAGUUACACCACAAUAUUCUCAAAACGGUUCAGUAACUAGUAUUAAUUCAACAAGUUUGAGAAAUGAUAAAGGAUCCAUUGAAAAUGUGAAUCGUAAAAUUGAAUCAAGUGAUUCAGAAGGUAGUGAUUCAGUGCAACAUUAUAAUGGAAUAUGGGGUGAUCUUAAUGACGUAACCUAUGAAGAUGAUAAUGAUGUUGAUAUUAAUAAUAAGUAUUAUGCUUCAGCAAUUUACAAAGCGGACGCUUUUGUAGAACCUAUACUUACGCCAAUAUUUCAUGCGGAUGAUGAAUCAGCAAAGUUAUAUUACAGAACAGGUUAUGAGGGUGAUUCACUUGAGGAUAACUAUGAAGUGACAGAUUUGUAUCCACCAUCUAAAUGGCCAGCUGGGGUUACCUUUAUUUGUCCAGACUCGAAGUCUGGUGCAACUAUCACACAUCUUGGACCUGUUUAUUUAUAUUCUGAAAGAUUUGUCGAUGUUGACAAUGAAUGUAUUGAGAAACAGACACCGACCUAACAUUAUAAUUUGAUGAAAAAUUAAAUAAUUUGUUACUUAACUGUGUAUUUUUAUUAAAAUAUAACUUGUAAAUCUGGACAGUGUCCGGAUUUUAUAAUUAAUUUACUUAGAAGUUUCAAGGUACUCGUUU